AUGCCUGUUAUGAAGGGAUUACUGGCACCUCAGAACACCUUCCUUGAUACCAUAGCUACUCGGUUUGACGGAACACACAGUAACUUCAUCCUCGCCAACGCCCAGGUGGCCAAGGGUUUCCCCAUCGUGUACUGUUCCGAUGGCUUCUGUGAGCUGGCUGGAUUUGCCCGUACAGAGGUCAUGCAGAAGAGCUGUAGUUGUAAGUUUCUAUUUGGUGGGGAGACAAACGAGCAGUUGACACUCCAGAUAGAAAAAUCACUGGAAGAAAAGACAGAAUUCAAAGGAGAAAUUAUGUUCUACAAGAAGAACGGGUCUUCAUUUUGGUGCCUCUUAGAUAUUGUCCCUAUCAAAAAUGAGAAAGGAGAUGUGGUACUUUUCCUGGCCUCAUUCAAGGAUAUAACAGACACAAAAGUGAAGCUGACUCCAGAAGACAAAAAGGAAGACAAAGCCAAAGGAAGAGGCAGAGCUGGGUCCCACUUUGACACAGCCCGGAGACGGAGCCGAGCGGUCCUUUAUCAUAUCUCUGGACACCUGCAAAGAAGAGAAAAGAACAAAUUGAAAAUCAAUAAUAAUGUUUUUGUAGAUAAACCAGCAUUUCCGGAGUACAAAGUUUCAGAUGCAAAAAAGUCCAAAUUCAUCCUUUUGCAUUUUAGCACUUUUAAAGCUGGCUGGGACUGGCUGAUCCUGUUGGCGACGUUCUAUGUCGCCGUGACUGUACCUUACAACGUUUGCUUUAUUGGCAAUGAUGAGCUGUCCACCACAAGGAGCACCACGGUCAGCGACAUAGCAGUGGAGAUUCUGUUCAUUAUAGAUAUUAUUUUAAAUUUCCGAACAACCUACGUCAGCAAAUCUGGACAAGUGAUAUUUGAAGCAAGAUCCAUUUGCAUCCACUAUGUCACGACAUGGUUCAUCAUUGACCUGAUUGCUGCAUUGCCCUUUGACCUCCUCUAUGCUUUUAAUGUCACUGUGGUGUCCCUCGUUCACCUGCUGAAGACGGUGCGGUUGUUGCGUCUUCUGCGGCUGCUGCAGAAGCUAGACCGUUACUCCCAACACAGCACGAUUGUCCUGACUCUGCUGAUGUCCAUGUUUGCCUUGCUCGCGCACUGGAUGGCGUGCAUCUGGUACGUCAUUGGAAAAAUGGAAAGGGAAGAGAACAGCCUUCUGUCUUGGGAAGUUGGUUGGCUUCAUGAGCUGGGAAAACGUCUGGAAUCUCCAUACUACGGUGGCAAUAACACCUUAGGGGGCCCCUCCAUCCGAAGUGCCUAUAUUGCAGCCCUGUAUUUCACCCUCAGCAGCCUCACCAGUGUUGGGUUUGGGAACGUCUCCGCCAACACCGAUGCAGAAAAGAUCUUUUCCAUCUGCACAAUGCUAAUCGGCGCCUUGAUGCAUGCUUUGGUCUUUGGGAACGUAACUGCAAUCAUACAGCGAAUGUACUCCAGAUGGUCUCUCUACCACACAAGGACAAAGGACCUGAAGGACUUCAUCCGUGUCCAUCACCUGCCACAGCAGCUAAAGCAGAGGAUGCUGGAAUAUUUCCAAACAACUUGGUCGGUCAAUAACGGGAUUGAUUCCAAUGAGCUUUUAAAAGAUUUUCCUGAUGAGCUGCGUUCAGACAUCACCAUGCACUUGAACAAGGAGAUCCUGCAGCUGUCCCUCUUUGAGUGUGCCAGCCGGGGCUGCCUCAGGUCGCUGUCUCUACACAUCAAAACCUCCUUCUGUGCUCCUGGGGAGUACCUCCUGCGGCAGGGGGAUGCCUUGCAGGCCAUCUACUUUGUGUGCUCAGGUUCUAUGGAAGUACUCAAAGACAGCAUGGUGCUGGCCAUACUAGGGAAAGGCGAUUUAAUUGGAGCAAACCUCUCAAUUAAGGACCAAGUUAUUAAAACGAAUGCAGAUGUAAAGGCACUCACCUACUGUGAUCUCCAAUGCAUUAUCCUCAAAGGACUCUUUGAAGUGUUAGACCUUUACCCAGAAUAUGCUCACAAAUUUGUGGAAGAUAUUCAGCAUGAUCUCACAUACAACCUUCGUGAAGGUCAUGAGAGCGAUGUUAUAUCAAGGCUUUCCAACAAAUCCACACUCUCUCAGACAGAGCCCAAGGGAAAUGGCAGCAUAAACAGGAGACUCCCAUCCAUAGUGGAAGAUGAGGAAGAGGAUGAAGAAGGAGAAGAAGAGGAGACUGCCUCUCUCUCACCCAUAAACACCAGAGGCACCCCCUCCUCAAGCAACAAGAAAUUUGGAAGCAAUAAAAGCUAUCUGGGCAUAAGCUUAAAGCAAUUAGCCUCAGGAACCAUGCCCUUCCACUCACCUAUCAGGGUCUGCGGCUCAAACCCUCCAAGAACCAAACAGGAAACUGACCUCCAUUUACACAGCAAGAAAAAGGAGAAAAACCUGAAGCUGCAUCUUUCAACUCUUAAUACCACGGGACCCCCUGAUCUCAGUCCAAGGAUCGUGGAUGGAACAGAAGAUGGAAUUACUAAUGAGGAAAACCAGACCUUUGAAUUUGGCUCCGAACAAACAAGGCAGGAUCUCCGAGUAACUCCUCCUAUAGCAGACCCUGAGCUUGGAGCAGCCGUUCUAUUUAUCAAGGCAGAGGAAACCAGACAACAGAUCAGUAAGCUGAACAGUGAGGUAAUGAACUUAACUCAAGAAGUCUCACAAUUAAGCAAAGAUAUGAAGAACAUUAUGAAUCUUCUGGAAAAUGUAUUAAUGGCCCCAAAGCCUACAGGGUUUUGCUCAGUUCACAGUGCAUCCAUGUGUCCUUCUAUCGAGAGCUUACAGAAUAGAAUGACUUGGACAGCUCACCAACCUUGUAUGCACAAGCAAGCAGGCAAGACUGCUUGCACCAAAGCACACCUUUGUCAUGGUAACAGCAUGCCUGGCAUUUGGGAAAUGGAGCGUGCCUCUGUCGGAAGCAGCCCCCAAAGAACUGGAGCCAAUGAGCAAAAUCUUUUGGACAAUGACCUUUAUCGUUGUUCAGGCCUUGACUAUUCCCCGUCCCACUAUCAGGUCAUCCGAGAGGGUCCUUUGCAAUUUCUAAGGUGCACUUCUCCCCAUUCAGAUACCACAUUGACCCCCCUCCAAUCUAUUUCAGCAACUCUCUCAUCUUCAGCAUGCUCUUCCUCGGAGACAUCCUUGCACCUCGUGCUCCCCAGCAGAUCUGAGGAAGGUAGUUUCAGUCAAGGGGCAGUCAGUUCUCUCAGCCUGGAAAACUUGCCUGGCUCUUGGGACCGUGAGGGCAUGCCAUCCCUUCCCAUAAAACCCUCAGAAGAUUUCCCUCUGGAAGUCGUAACGAGCACAACAGACGUGAAAGAUAACAAGGCCAUCAAUGUAUAA